GACAUAUAAAAAGAACUCUAGAACAUGUUGGUACAAAAAGUAAAGCCCAACAAAGAGAGUAGAAAAAAUAAUAAGGCAAAGACUUGCGUAAACGUAGCUCUCGAACCUCAUACUCAUCGUUUUCGUAUGUGUUUUGUAGACCAAACAAACAAUCUUCCUUUCACAGUUCAUAAAAUAUAAAACAAUACCUCCUUCGAAAUCUCUGUCUCUUAUAUAUAAUAUAACCCAUAUCUGACGCUUAUGUCCACAGAAACUGGUGUUCCUCUCCGUCGCAGAUCUAACUCUCUUAACGGACAUCACACUAACGACGUCGCUUUUGACGGAACCGUCUCAUCAAUGGAGAGCAUUGUUAAGAAAACAGACGACGGCUACGCCAAUGUAGUAGGAAAGGCGUCGUUUAUGACAUGGACGGCGCGUGACGCUAUCUACGUGGCGAGAGUCCAUUGGAUACCGUGUGUGUUCGCGGUUGGAGUUCUGUUCUUCAUGGGCGUCGAGUAUACGCUUCAGAUGAUUCCCGCCAGGUCUGAGCCGUUCGAUGUUGGGUUUGUAGCCACGCGCUCUCUGAACCGCGUCUUGGCAAAUUCACCUGAUCUUAACACCGUCUUAGCCGCACUAAACACGGUGUUCGUAGCGAUGCAAACGACGUAUAUUGUCUGGACAUGGUUGAUGGAAGGAAGACCACGAGCCACCAUCUCGGCUUGCUUCAUGUUCACUUGUCGCGGUAUUCUUGGUUACUCUACUCAGCUCCCUCUCCCUCAGGAGUUUUUAGGAUCAGGAGUGGAUUUUCCAGUGGGAAACGUCUCAUUCUUCCUCUUCUACUCGGGACAUGUCGCCGGUUCGAUGAUAGCGUCCUUAGACAUGAGGAGAAUGCAAAGGUUGAGACUGGCGAUGCUUUUUGACAUCCUGAAUGUAUUACAAUCGAUUAGGCUGCUUGGGACGAGAGGACACUACACGAUCGAUCUUGCAGUUGGAGUUGGCGCUGGGAUUCUCUUUGACUCGUUGGCUGGGAAGUACGAAGAGAUGAUGAGCAAGAGACACAAUUUAUUAGGCAAUGGUUUUAGUUUAAUUUCUAAAGACUCGCUAGUCAAUUAA